UGCUGCCGCGAAACCAAACACGGGGCGGCUCCCUGCCUGUCCACAAAGAAGCCGCUGUUGUUUCACGAGAUCCCGCCGACACCAUGUCUUCCUACGACAAGUCCCGCGCCACCUCAGGCGGGAAGGCCUCCUCAUUCUUCCACAGGUCCAAGAACAAAGCCGACAAACGGAGCGCGGGCGAGGACGGUCGACAUCUGUCCGCCGACACCGACUCGGGCUCCGUGAAUUCGCGCCACUCGCGCCAUAGGCGAGACUCUUCGGUUGUAUCGCUGGACCGCCCCAGCUCCGCCGGGUCCGGCAUCAACAUGACGGCCGGCGUCAUGACGACCAUCCCGUACGACACCGUCAGCGUGGACGGGCGCUCGCCGCUACCUGUCGACUACCCGCCCCAGCCCGACCAGAUGCCGGGUCGAAGAGAGCCGCUACCACACCAGCUAAACAAGGCGACGAGCGAUUUUCACCAAUACCCCUCCUUUGAUCCGUCGACCGUGCGUCCCACGAGUCCCUACCCUUCCGGGCCCCGCCCGCCGCCGCCGUCCGCCGCAUCCAACAUCACAAUGGCUACUACCGGCCGCCAGGCCCAGUAUCAACAAUGGGGCCCGCCGAGAGAGGGCAGCCUGGCGGGGUCUUACAACUCUCGCUAUAACUCAUAUACGACGUCCGGAGGACGCAGUUCAGGCGACACGUCGAGCAUCACGUCAGGUAAUGGAGCAUCCUAUCACGACCAGGUUGCGGGCCAUCGCUCAUCCAGAGUAGCACUGCCUAGUGUCUCGUCCCAGUCUUCCUAUCUGUCUCCCCACUCGCCCAGGGAGAACCGCCUAGCCAAGUUCCCCUCCGGACACCAGACGAGCGAGGGAUUUUACUUUCCGAAACCGGACGACGACAACGUGAUUGAGCAGAUGUUUCUGGCGCUCAUGCAGAAACGCGGGUGGCACAACCUUCCCGACCAAGCCAAGCGCCAGAUGACUGCCUAUCCGCCGGAGAAGAAAUGGACCCUGGUCUAUCAAGACCGCCUUACCGAGUGGCAGGGGGAGCAAAAGCGCAGGCAGACCGCCAGGAUCGGCCAAUACAGCAAUGUCGACCUCGCCCAGGCACCCGACGAGGAGGGCAGCCCCGAAUGGUACGUACGCAAGGUCAUGGAGAACUCGCUCGACAGCAAGGGCUUUGGCAGUUUGGAGGUCAACCUGCGGACGCAACAGAUCGGCUGGGUGAGGCGGUUCAUCGAGUGCCAGGGCCAGGUGGCUCUGACCAACGUCCUCAUGAAGAUCAACCGCAAGACGGGCAUGGGCCCGGGGCUGGACUCGUCCAAGGGCGGGGACAAGAACCUCGACCGGGAGUACGAUAUCGUCAAGUGCCUGAAGGCCCUGAUGAACAACAAGUUCGGCGCAGACGACGCGCUGGCUCACCAGCCCGUCCUCGUCGCCCUGGCCACGUCUCUCAUCUCUCCCCGCAUCACGACGAGAAAGCUCGUCAGCGAAGUCCUGACCUUCCUCUGUCACUGGGAUGAAGGCAAGGGCCACCUGAAGGUGAUCGAGGCCAUGGAUGUCGCCAAGAACCAGCAGGGAGAGAAUGGGCGUUUCGACGCCUGGAUGCGCCUCGUCGAGGUCACCAUUGACGGCCGCGGAAAGAUGGGCAGUCUCGUGGGCGCGAGCGAGGAGAUGCGCAGCGGCGGUAUCGGCAUGGAGAACCUGCUGAUGGAAUACGUCGUGGCCACCCUCAUGCUGGUCAACAUGAUGAUCGAUGCCGCCGAGAAAGACCUCCAGAUGCGCGUCCACAUACGGGCCCAGUUCACGGCCUGCGGCAUCAAGCGCAUGCUGAACAAGAUGGAGGCGUUCCAGUAUGAGUUGAUCGACAAGCAGAUCGAGCGCUUCCGGACCAACGAGGCCAUCGACUACGAGGAUAUGCUGGAGAGGGAGAACAGCAGCAUCAAGGACAGCGUAGAAGGAGAGGUUAGAGACCUCAAUGACCCCGUCCAGAUCGUAGAUGCGAUCCAGCAGCGGCUGAAGGGCACCAAAACCCAAGACUACUUUAUAUCUGCCCUGCAGCAUCUGCUCCUCAUCCGGGACAAUGACGGCGAGGAACGUCUCCGCAUGUUCCAGCUCGUCGAUUCGAUGCUAAGCUACGUCGCCAUGGACCGGCGCUUGCCGGACAUGGACUUCAAGCAGAGUCUCAACUUUACUGUCCAGAGCCUGCUCGAUAAGUUACACACCGACUCGGAAGCCCGCCAGGCCUUUGAGGAAGCCACCGAGACGCGGCGCAUCGCCGAGGCGGCGAUGGCAGAGAGGGACGAGCUGAGGGAGAAGCUGGCCAUGGGCGCCGACGGGCUGGUUGCUAAACUCCAAAAGCAAAUCGACGAGCAGGCCAGGUUCAUCGAAGCACAAAGGAGACAGGCUGAAGGACUGAAAGCCGAGCUGGAGAAUCUCCAGACGCUCAGGGCCAAGGAAGCACAGCGAUACGAGCUCGAGACGCGCGAACUGUAUCUCAUGCUCCGCGACGCCCAGGACGUCGCAGCAUCCAACGCCGCCAUAGGGACGAAGCUAGGCAAUGGCGAUCCCGCUCGCAUGCAGGGCAUCCUGGACCGGGAGAAGCUCAUGGAACGCCUCCAGAUGCAGAUCGAACGGCAAAAGACGAUCUACAAGCUCGAAGGCAAGGUUUGGGCCGCAACCGUCAGUCCCUCCGACAAGCUGCGGGCGCUGCGGGAAGAGAUGGAUGGCUAUGGGAGUUCGGAGCCUGACGUGGGCAGCCCGCCAAGGGAUUUCGCCAACAGCAUGCUCGGAAGUGUCAAAAGAUCGACCCGCAUCCCCAGGAAACCUGUUGGCACCCGUCGGGAACAGAUCGGGGGCGUUGUGGAGGAGGUCGACGAUGUCGCCGAGAAAGAGGAUGGAGAGGAGGAGGACGUCAUCUACGAGAAGCCGCGGCUGGUCGAGUUCAAGCGCCCGGUCGUGGACCCAAAGAAGGCCGCGGCCGGCAUGUUCAACGAGCUCCAGGGCAGAGUCAAGAAAGUCGACGGCAGCGAUUCGGAGGACGGAGAUGGCGUCACGACCGGCCCAUCUCACCCGAGUCUGGAGUCGCAAUCUCCCCUCACUCCCAGCGACAUCGAGCCUCCCAAGAUCGAAGUCACCGACACCACCCCGCCGGCUGCCGCCCCAGUCUCUGGGGGUUCUUUUCCUCCACCUCCCCCCCCUCUGCCUGGCCAAAUCCCCGGUGCGCCUCCUCCGGCGCCUGGGAUCGGGGGCGGUCCCCCUCCCCCACCGCCGCCUCCCUUGCCCGGCAAGAUCCCGGGCGCGCCACCCCCUAUGGCUGGUGCUCCUCCUCCCCCUCCUCCCCCCCCUCCUCCUCCAAUGCCCGGCAAAGUCCCCGGCGCACCUCCUCCAGUGGGCGGUGGACCACCGCCGCCCCCGCCCCCGCCUCCUCUGCCCGGUGCCAAAGGCAUGCCUCCCCCGCCGCCUCCUCCGAUGCCCGUGCCGGGCGCAAUGUCAGGUCACUUCCUGUCCCGGCAGGACAACCUCACACCUACGCCGUCCCUCGGUUUGUCGAUUGUUCGGCCUAAGAAGAAACUCAAGGCGUUCCACUGGGAGAAGGUGGACUCGCCGCUCACGACUCACUGGGCCGCCCACACGCCAUCUGCGGAAGAGAGAGAAGAGAAGUACCUCGAGCUCAGCCGGAAAGGCAUCCUUGACGAAGUCGAGAAGUUGUUUAUGGCAAAGGAGACCAAGCAGAUCGGCCACGGGGCGGGAAAGAAGGACGAUAAGAAGCAGAUCAUCUCGAACGAUCUGCGGAAAGCAUAUGAAAUCGCCUUUGCCAAAUUCUCGCAGUGUUCUGUCGAGAAGAUUGUUCAGAUGAUCAUCCACUGUGACAGCGAAGUGCUUGAUAACCCUGUAGUCAUGGACUUUCUGCAGAAGGACGAUCUCUGCAACAUCCCCGACAACAUCUCGAAGCAGCUCGCACCGUACAGCAAGGACUGGACCGGCCCAGAGGCGAACAAGGAGAACAGAGAGCAGGACCCGGCCGAGCUCACCAGGCAAGAUCAGAUCUACCUGCAGACGGCAUUUGAGCUGCAUCAUUAUUGGAAGAGCCGGAUGAGGGCCCUUUCGUUGACGCGGAGCUUCGAACCCGAGUAUGACGAGAUCACGGAAAAGAUGCGCCAAGUCGUCGCGGUCUCGGAGUCGCUGAGGGACUCGGUGUCGUUGAUGAACGUUCUCGGCCUCAUUCUGGAUAUCGGUAACUACAUGAACGACCCGAACAAGCAGGCGCGCGGUUUCAAGCUGUCGUCGCUUGCCAGGUUGGGCAUGGUCAAGGACGACAAGAACCAGUCGACGCUGGCCGACCUUGUCGAGCGCAUCGUCCGGAACCAGUAUCCGGAGUGGGAAAACUUCACCGAGGACAUUGCCGGCGUGUUGACGGCGCAGAAGAUCAACAUUGACCAGCUGCAGGCCGACGCCAAGAAGUACAUCGACAACAUCAACAACGUGCAGAGGGCUCUCGACUCGGGCAGCCUCUCGGAUCCCAAGAAGUUCCACCCGCAGGAUCGGGUCCUGCAGAUCGUCGGGCGUUGCAUGAAGGACGCGCGGCGCAAGGCCGAGCAGAUGCAGGUCUACCUGGAGGAGAUGGUGCGGACGUACAACGACAUCAUGAUCUUCUACGGCGAGGACCCGACCGACGAGAACGCGCGGCGCGACUUCUUCGCCAAGCUGGCGCACUUCAUCACCGAGUGGAAGAAAUCGUACGUCAAGAACUCGCAGCUCGAGGAACAGCGGCGCAAGAACGAAGCGUCCAUGAAGCGCAAGAACGCGCUGAAGGCCGCCCAGGCGGCCUCGGAGAACAACCCGGCCUCGCCGACCAGCACCGGGGCGAUGGACAGCCUGCUCGAGAAGCUCCGGGCGGCAGCGCCGCAGGCAAGAGACCAGCGAGACAGGCGCCGCCGCGCGCGCCUCAAGGAUCGCCAUCAAGUACGCAUCGCGUCCGGGCAGAAGAUGCCGGACAUCGCCCAGCUCGCCGGUCUCGACGCGAACCCCGCAGCAACCACCCAGAACGCCGGUUCGGAAGCCUCCGGGCAAGCCGCCGGCGACAACGACGACCCCAACAAGGCGGCCGAGUCGGACGCCGUCAACUCCGCCACGGGCGGCCAACCUACCGACGGCGAUGGCACGCCGACCGCGGAGAGAGGCGGGGCUGCAACUGCAACGACAACGGCAACGGCAACGGCAACGGCAUCAGGAGGAGAAGGAGGAGGAGGAGGCAGAGUGGGAGACGAAGACGACGUGGCACAGCGCGCCGCACUGCUGCUGCAGGGCAUGCGUGACGGGGCGGACGACGCGGGCAGCGCGGAGAAGCGGGAGACGCUGCGGCGGUCGCGGCGGCAGACGGCAGACGAGGAGCGGCGGAUGCGGAGGCGCAGGCGCGAGAUGGCGCAGUCGAGCGCGAGCAACGGCGACGGCGGCGGCGGCGGCGGCGGGACGAGCCUGAGCCGGGAAGGAUCGGUCGUGGACGGCUACGGCGGCAAGACGGACGAGGAGGUGCCGCCCACGCCGGGACCGCAAGAGAUGGCGGCCGCUGUGGCUGCGGCGGGCAUCGAGAUGCCGGGAAAGCCGGAGGCGCCGGAGCAGGCCGUGGAUGGGAGUUAGUUAGUUAGUGAGUGGAGUUCGGUAGCGGAAGUCGUUUUGUUGGAGGUGGCGGAAUGGCUUAGCGCUGUUGGAGAAGAUGGAGGAUGAGGAGGAGGAGGAGGAGGAGGAGGAGAAGGAGAAGGAGAGAGUGGUGAUACCGUACGCAUGGAUGGAUGGAGGGAUGGAUAGAUGGAGGGAUGGAUGGAUGGAUGGAUACCCGAGCCAUAUCAAGUACGUAAUGUCUACUUAGGCUCUGUUCUCAACAAACUGGAUGGUACAUACAUACAUACACAUUAUUUGACAGACAUUAUUUGACAGCGAGUGAGUUUUGUUUGGCUCGGUUGAGGGGAGACAGAACCUCAAGUGGGAGCUACUAUCUGAAUUUCAAGACAGCG